UUUUGUUCCACUGCAGGGAAAAAAACUCAAUGUCUGAUUUCAGUUAGGAUUUUUAAUUCAUUGGUCACAAACAUAAAUGUACAGGAUGCCUAUAAAUCGGUUCCUACAGACUUUGUGUUAUAUUAGUGUAUUAACAAUAGGAUUAUCGUCAGCUAAAUUAAAAAGAGGAUAUUACCCUGGCUUGAUUGACUUUUGUUCCAAUGAAGAAGUUUACGUAGGAAUACCUUGGAACUGCAAUGGCUAUCUUCAUUGUCAAAAUGCCAACGGAUUAAAAAUGCCUUUCUGGAUAGACUGUCCUGCUACACUUUAUUAUAACUACGACAGCAAAACGUGUACAUGGCCCCAAAACAGCCUCCAACCAUGCCAGAGAACUCAGGACGUUGUGAGGAGCUUCUGUCCAAACCAUCCAACUGUGCAGGUACUACACCCGGAAAGCUGCGCUCAGUACUACGACUGCAGCAACAUGAACAACCUCCCAAAUCAGCCUGCCUAUCUUAAUGAGUGUCCUUACCCGAAACUCUUUAACGCCGAGACCCUCAGGUGUGACGACUACGCCUCGGUAGAUUGCGGGGAAAGGACAGAACCUCUCUCUCCUUGUGAUUACGUCAGACAUCAGUGUUCCGGUCCGGACUGCACGCCGUGUACUGAUCUGAUACCCGGAUGUGAAGGCGUCCCAAAUGGUCCCACAUCAUACCAGGGGAGACUACUCACAAAGUUUUACCUAACGUGCCGUAACAACAAGACCCAAAAAAUCGAAAUUUGUCGAGACGGAGUCUUUGAUCCGGUACUGGGGAGGUGCACUCGAGACGUCGAUCCACGGGCCGUAGACAUCUUGUGCACCACCAAUCCAAAUGCAAGAAUGGAACACCCGGGCAUCUGUUCCAAGUUUUUUGACUGUCGAGACAGGAAGCGAAUGAUCAAAGAAUGUCCUUAUCCAAGAUUGUAUUCCCCAACUAAACAGGCGUGUCUAGACUUCAAAGAAGUUGACUGCAACGGCAGGGUUGAAUAUAAGGCACCGUGUGACUAUGAGCAAUACCAGUGUUCUGGACCGGAUUGUCCGGUUUGUGAACUAGAAAACCCAAGCUGUGAAGGACUUCCGGACGGCAAGAACGCCUUCCUGGGUAGAGAGCAGACUCCGUGGUAUAUUGAAUGCGAGGGGGAAAGAACUAUCAAUAGAUUAACAUGUCCCGGAAACAAUAACUUUGACCCUGUCAACAGGCGAUGUUUAGGACAAGACAUCAGACCAACCUUGUUCCCAGAAAAGGCGCCUUACGAUCCAGAGGAGAUAGCCAGGCAAGCUAUUAAUGGCAUUCCACCGAUGAUUGACGUUAACCGGUCUAGGCCUCCACCCCCUAACGUUCCUGACCCCGUCAACACCCGGUCCUCCAUGAAUAUUAACAAUAUCGUGGGCACCAACAGCAUCAACAACAACAACCUGCGACCCGACUUCCCCCGAGCUCUGUCGACGAUGAACGAUGUAUGUCGCGGGAACGAGGGUCUGCUUCUGAUGGAUCCGAACAACUGUGCCAGGUACUACAACUGCUCUCGGUAUGCUGUUCAGUACGAAGGAUUCGAACCUAACCAGGACGAGUGUCCCUAUCCUCAGCUGUUCUCGCCAGAGAGUGGAUUCUGUGAGGAUUUCCUGGACGUUAACUGUAAAGGCCGAUUUGUUCCGAAAGCUCCCUGCCAGUACUUAAAUUCCCAAAGAUUUUGUGAAGGACCGAUGUGUGCCUUGCCCUGUGAUGAAAGGUCGCCAUCUUGUGAGGGCAUGAGAGAUGGAAACAAUACAUUUAUUGGAAGAGAGUUAUCGCCCUUCUAUAUCACUUGUUUUAAAGAAAGAACCAUAUCGGUUGGAAUUUGUCGAUACGGUGUUUACGACCCAAAUCUUCGAAUCUGCACCACAGAACUCGAUCCUUAUUCUGUGGAUACUUUCUGUAAAAAGCGACCAACAAGAGUGUUUCCCCACAUCGCAAACUGUGCCAGGUAUUACAACUGCAGUUCCAUGUCGAAGGAUCCCGUCCUUGGUCGGUACUUACGCGAAUGUCCAUACCCCGAGUUAUUUAACAUUGAAAGCCUGAGCUGUGUUCAGCGUGAGGCUGCUAACUGCAGGUGGCGCUACGAACCGAGGGACCCAUGCGAAUGGAAGAAAAACCAGUAUUGUGAAGAUCCAAACUGCGUUCCAUGCGCAGUACGCUAUAACGGCUGUCGUCAGAAGCCGGAUGGAAACCACGCUGUUCCAAACAAUAACUUCGAAUACUUAGAAUGCCAGAACGGGAAUGUGCUGAGUCUCCGAUCUUGUGCACCAAACACCUACGACCCAAUCAAUGCCGAAUGCAGCAUGCCUGAAUACAACUGCAAAAAUCUUCCUGACGGGAGGAACCCAAUGCCUGGAAACGAAAUGGGUUAUAUACUCUGCCAGAAAGGAAUUUACGCCGGGAAAGACUCGUGUUCUCCAAACUUUUACGAUCCCGUCAACAGAAUUUGCAGACCACGGGCAGAUACCAUCUCCUGUGAAGGGCUGGGAGAUGGAAUUCACCCUAUGCCAAAGUCCAAUACUGACUUCUUCCGUUGCGAAGGAAACGUGAUGGUGGAGCCCGGCUCCUGUAGCCCAGACUAUUUUGACCCUGUAUUGAGGAAAUGCACGGCCACCUUGGCUAACAGAAACGUCCCGAGAGAAGCUGAAUCAAGAACUGGUCUUUUACCGGAUGGAGGAUUACCCAAUAUACCGAUACCUCCGUCAGGGUUUAGGCCAACAACCAGAGUUCCUCCCGUUCUACGAAGAGAUCCACCACCUAGCGAGUUGGAUUGUACCGGCAAACUUGACGGGUUUAAUCCCAUUCCAGGAUCUGCAACCGAGUUCUAUAUCUGUAAUAACGAUAGAUUCAUAGGUUAUGACACGUGUAAACCAUACAUCUUUGAUUUCGAACAGCGGAGCUGUGCUGUUGCCCCCUGUAUGGGAAUGCCGAACGGCCCCACGGCUAUACCAGGAAAUAACGUAUUUUUCAUUGUGUGUGAAAAUAAUAAGAUGUCGCAGCUUCGAUCGUGUUCCCCAUUGGUGUUUGAUCCCAUAAGUCAAAGGUGUGUCGAUGAAAGGACUUCACAGUUCAACCCAUCCGAUCCUGUUGCAUUCUGUACCGAAAAUCCACUAGCAAUAAUGGCCCAUCCAGACAACUGCGCGCGCUACAUAGACUGCACGAAUAGGAACUCUCUGAUUGGUCAGUACCAACACGAAUGCAAGUACCCGGAUCUAUUCGACAGUUACAACAAUUCGUGUAAAUCUUAUCGAGAGGUGAACUGUGGAACCCGUCCGGAACCAAAAGCACCUUGUGACUAUAAGAUGAACCUAAUCUGUAAAGACCCUUCCGGUUCCUGUCCCCCGUGCGAGGCCAAGCAUCCAAGCUGUAUCGGAAAGAGAGACGGGCCCCAGGCCGUCCCCGGUAAACCUAACUUCUUCAUGGAAUGUAUGGACGAACGAACAAAGAGGGUUACACAGUGCCCCGUCUUGGCGCCUAACUUUGACCCCGCCCUUGGUACCUGUAGUAUGGGACUGGAUUCGUUGAACCCCACCCCGUACUGUAAAGCUAACCCGUCUGCUGUGGUCCCACACCCUGACAACUGUCACCAGUACAUUGAUUGUAGACAGAAAAACACGCCCCUCGGAAAUUACCUACAGGAAUGCCCUUAUCCACUCCUAGUGUCUGAAAACGACACGAACACGGGCACGCCCUGUCAACCUUUUGACCUCGUCAACUGUGGACUGAGAAUGGAACCAGUGAGCCCAUGUGACUACGAGUUUUCCCACAAGCCGUGUAAUGAGGCAGACCCCAGUAAGUGUGUUCCGUGUAGUGUAAGACUACCCAGCUGUAGAAACCUUCUAGACGGAACUCACGCGCACCCAACCAUGCCCAACAAAUACUUGAUCUGUAAGUCGGAGAGAACGCUAAGGGUCAUGACCUGUCCUAAGGGAGUGUUCGAUGAGGCGGCCGGACAGUGUAGGGCAGCUGUCGAUUCUCGGAACCCCAUCGCCUACUGUCAACGUAACCCCAACGAACGGCUGCCUGACCCAGACAACUGUGCGCGGUUCUUCGAAUGCUCACUUCCUAACAGUAAAUACGGCUCCUACGUUGACGAGUGUGAAUACCCUAAGCUGUACGACUCCGCCGCCAAGAGGUGCAGACCCUUCAUGCAGGUGGACUGUGGCAGAAGAAGAGUUCCUAUUGAUCCCUGUGAAUAUAUCCAGAACGAGUUUUGUCCCCCUGGACGACCGAACUGUAAACCAUGCAGAGAACGUAUCCCAUCAUGCCGAGGUCUUCCUAACGGAAAUAACACUGCCCCCGGUCAAGAGGGAGGGUCUAUUUAUAUCACCUGCUUUAACAAUCGAACCAUCUUUGUCAGAACUUGCGAAGGAGGUGUCUUUGAUCCAGUUACCCGAUCUUGUGUUUCUGCUGCACUUGAAGUCAGUCCAGAAAAUCCACAAGCCUACUGUCAAGCUAACCCUGGAAUGAAGUUAGAACACCCUACAGAUUGCUCCAAGUAUUAUGACUGCUCCAAGCCGAAUGGAGCCUAUGGACAGUACCUCUUUGAGUGCAAGUACCCGGACCUUUUUGAUCAGGUGUCGAAACGAUGUGAAACCUUUAGGACUGUUAAUUGUGGAGCCAGAACUGCGCCACUUAAUCCUUGCGACUACCUGCAGAACCGCUGUAAACCCGGGGACCUUAAUUGCGUGCCUUGCAGGGAGCGGCUACCUUCAUGCGUAGGACUACAGAACGGAAACAAUACAAUUCCGGGAAGAGACCUGACAGACACAUUCGUAGUCUGCUGGGAGGGGCGGACUGUCAGCGUGGAACGAUGCCCGGCCGGAUAUUUCGAUCCUGUUCAAAGGAAAUGUAGAACAGAAAUCGGAGCAGCGGUUAUACGGGCUUACUGUACGGCCCAUCCCGGAGAAAUAAGAGCGAAUCCCGUCAACUGCGAUCAGUACUUUGACUGUGGUGAAGAGAGCAUCAAGCAGAGAACGUUCCUCCGGGAGUGUCCUUAUCCACAUCUGUUCCAUGCCGAGUCAUCCACAUGUAUGAAUUUCACAAUGGUGGAUUGUGGAAAACGACGAGAAUACACAGCGCCAUGUGACUAUUUACAAAAUCGCUGCCCGCCAUCCAAUCCUAGCUGUAAACCUUGCCGCGAGCGCCAUUUUGACUGUUCAAACUUACCAGACGGCCUUAAUCCUAUCAGCUUGGACGCACCAAGCAGCAACUACGCCCUCUGUUUCCAGGGGAGAACAAUUGUCACUGAGGCAUGUAAAGAGGGAGUCUUUGACCCCAGAGAAAGACGAUGUGUUGGACAAUUUACAGAGGGCACACAACAGCGACGGGAUUUUAGUGAAGAUAUGGUGAAGCAGCACUGUCGUGACAAUCGUAUGGCUAUUCUGCCCCAUCCUUUCCAAUGUGCCCAGUAUUACGACUGUAGACGGAUGAUUGGAAACAGUCACUUGAGGGAAUGUAAAUAUCCACAGCUCUUUGACGAAACCACCAUGACGUGCCGAAAUUUUACUGAAGUCAACUGCGGGGAGCGUACCGAACCUCGAGCUCCAUGUGACUAUCUCCAGAACCACUGUGAGAUGAAUGCCACGGACUGUACGCCGUGCGAGGAGCGAUUACCAAGUUGUAUUAAUCUACCGGACAAUAAUAACCCGUAUCCCAAUAAACCAAACUCCGAGUACUACAUUAAGUGUUACAGGAACCGAACUGUGUCUGUAGAGGCCUGUCAAGUGUCCAAAUAUAACCCCACCACCAGGGACUGCUCCGAUCGAGUCGAUCGACAGAUUCUGGGGAAAUUUUGCCGUGAGAAUCCAAAUGCGAUAAUCCAGGAUCCGGAGAACUGCGCGCGAUAUUAUAACUGUAGUGAACCUUCAAUGGUGGCUGGUCUGGAUCGACCUUACCUCAGGGAGUGCUCCUAUCCAAAGCUGUUCGCAUCUCCGGCUGUCGGGUGUCAAUUAUUUAUGAUGGUGGAUUGUGCCAAACGUAGAAAAGUACCAAUGUCACCUUGCGAAUAUGUUGAGAACCAGUGCUUCGGAGCAAAUUGUGAGCGUUGUGAAAGUAAAUUCCCAUCCUGUGUCGGUAAGGAGGACGGGAGUAACAUAUUCCCUGGACGGGAAAACACAGGAUAUUACAUCGUUUGUUAUCGUCAAAGAACAGUUGCCAUAGUGUCAUGUAACCAAGGAAUUUACAGCCAUAGCGAGCGCGCAUGCGUAGGCGAUCCAAAUCCAAAACCAAGACUACAAUAGUUACAUCUCUAGAAAGAUCUGGAUGUGUUAUUUGAAGGCAUGCAUGUUUAGAACAAACUGUAAAUAUUGUGUAAGAAUAUGUGUUUCACAUGUGUUCCUGUAAAUAUCAGUAUAACCUGAAUAUAAAGUCCUCAUAUCGAUGAAUCGGAAAACAAAAACCCAGACUGAAUCUACAAAGUGCAUUUUGGAAAACAACGAGAAGCAAAAGGUUUUCACAGCAAAAGAAACAUCGCAGGAUGUUCCUUCUAACAGGGAAAUUACAUGGCCUUUAUCACUUCGCUGACAUUCCAGGGACGUUUCCAUUUUCGGUAAAACUGUGCCCGCCAUUAAUAUUAUCAUUAACUGUUUAAACGUUUUAACGGUAAAAACUGAUUAAAAACACCAACAGUUUCGAUUGUUAGACUGACGCUAAAUCUAUUCUACCUCUAUAAAGUCAAACAAGUAUGUCGAAUUAGUAAAUCUACAUUUGUAUCCAAACUUAUAAUGUAGAGUUCGUUUUGAAUUAAGGAUUACUAAAUGAUUGCGAUAUGAACAGAACGAAAUCAGUAUGGUAUGUAAUUGUUAUUUUUACAAUGACAAUAACGAGGGAACAAAUACUUACAUGUGAAUAUAUAAAUCGCUCUAUAGCCUCGUUGAUAUUUAUGGGUUGUGUUAUUUCAGUUAAAACUUUUUGUGAAAUGCCAACAUAUACGCAAAGAUUUUAAUGUCUGAGCGAGUUGUCUCUCUUGGGCAUAUAAUUGUUUGAGAUAUUGUCACUUGAGAAGAAAUCGUUUAUAAUGUAAUUUUUCAAUCUUUUUAAGUCGGCAAAACAAUCAUUGUCAUCUGUAUUUAUUAAGCAUCUCGUUAAAUUAUGAUAUCUAAUAAAUUAAACUUCAAACAUC